AUGAAUAAAAAGAUUCAGAAACUUGAUGAAACUGUUGUUAAUCGCAUUGCUGCCGGAGAAAUUGUUGUUCGGCCAUGUGCAGCAAUAAAAGAAUUAGUCGAAAAUAGUCUAGAUGCUGGCUCACAUACAAUACAAAUUCAUGUCAAACAAGGCGGACUGAAAUCGAUCGAAAUUCGUGAUGAUGGAUGUGGAAUAAGUAAAGUUGAUCUCCCGUUAGUUUGCGAACGUUUUGCAACAUCGAAGUUGAAGACUUUCGAUGAUUUAUAUCAUCUAAAUACAUAUGGAUUUCGAGGAGAAGCUCUUGCUUCAUUGAGUUAUGCUGGACAUGUUAAAAUAAUUAGUAAAAUAGCUGACAGUCAAUGUGCAUACGUUUGCGAAUACGAAGAUGGAAAAAUUCGACCGUCUACAUCAAUUAAACCAUGUGCAGGAACAAAUGGAACAUUGAUUGUCAUUGAAGAUCUCUUUUAUAACAAUCCAAUACGUUUGAAAAUGAUGAAAUCUUCAUCGGAAGAAUAUACACGAAUGGUCGAUUGUGUAAUGAAGAUGGCCUUACGAAAUACUCACGUUUCAUUCACACUCAAACGUGAUACACAAAUCGAACCUGAUGUUUAUACCAACGGAAAAGAUACGACUAUUCUACAGAAUAUGAAAAUGUUGUAUGGUGCUGAUAUGGUCAAAGAUAUGUACGAAACGACCAUCAAUGAAAAUGAUACACCGUACAAAUUUCAAUGCAAAGCUUGUUUUACCGGAACGCAAUACUCUAAUUCAUCGAAAGUAUCGUCAAGUUCGAUGACAUUUAUUUUGUUCAUCAAUGGUCGAUUAGUUGAUUGUCAGCCAUUGAAAAAAGCGAUUCAACAAAUGUACGCUGUGUUGAUUAAUAAGCAAACAUGUCCAUUUGUCUACCUGGAUUUAAUUAUGGAUCCAACAACACUAGAUGUAAAUAUUCAUCCAAGUAAAAAUGAAGUGCGAUUUCUACAUGCUGAUCCAAUUAUUGUGGCAAUUGUACAAGCAAUCGAACAUAUUAUUGUCGCUAAAUCAGCGAAACAAACCACAACGACAACUCAAUUAACUUUUCAUAUGACGCCAACUUCAAUGACGUUAAUCCCGCCAACACCAAAAGAACCGACUGAAACUGAUCCUAAACCAAAGAAAACAUCAUUGGAUUCAACGAAUUCGAAUGCGAAAAAACCGUUUGCUACCAAUUUAGAUCCAUCGCGAACUGUUCGAACAUCGAGCCGUGAUCAAAAACUUGACAAACAUCGAUAUCACAAUAGUUCCGUUUCUAUUCCGAAGAAAAUUGCUCAGUCGACUUCAUUCGUAUCUCCAUUGGCAUCCAUUACAUUUCCUCGCCAAAUAAAAUUAACGUCUAUUGAGUUGUUACGACGAUCCAUUGAUGAAGAAUGUGAUGCAGAUUUACUAAAUAUCAUACGAAAUUUUGUUUAUGUUGGAACUAUCGACGGGCAAUCAUCAUUAAUUCAACAUGAUACACAAUUAUACCUUGUUCAUACACGACAUUUAUCUCAAGAGCUAUUUUAUCAGUUAUGUUUGUAUCAUUUCGGAAACAUGGGAACGAUUUCACUCGAACCAGAACCACCGAGUAUCGAAGAUUUGAUUCGACUUGAAACAAAUAAUGAGGAAGUCAUUGAAUAUGUCGUUGAUCUUUUGAAAGAACGUCGUGAAAUGCUUGAAGAUUAUUUCUCAUUUCGUUUGUCAUCAACAGAUCCACUACGUUUAGAAACAUUGCCGAUUUUACUUGAUACAUAUGUACCGAACUUGGAUUAUUUACCGCAAUAUCUUCUUCGUUUAAGUACAGAAAUCAAUUGGAAUGACGAACAUGAAUGUUUUCGAACAUUUGCUGAUGAAAUAUCGAAGUUUUAUUCGUAUCGAAUGCAGAUCUAUUCUGAAGUAGAUGGUGAUAGUGAAGAAAAACAACACUGGGCAAUUGAACAUUUACUUUAUCAUGCAUUUAAAACCAUGCUUGUACCAUCGAAACAUUUACGACAAGCGUUUGUUAAACUAACUGAAGUACAACAAUUAUACAAAGUCUUUGAACGAUGUUAA